AUGAUGCUCCGUACGGCCCUCCUGCGAGCUCCUCUCGCGAGCACACGUCUUGCUCGCCCCACCGCGCGCACAUUCCACACCACUCGACCCGCCUUUUCGGGCCUCACGAACCUUUUCGAGGCAUCCGACAACCCCCCCUUGUCUGUCGACAAGCUCACCAACGACGGUUUCCUCCUUUCCGACGGCCUGGUGGUUCCCGGUGGCGUGAUUUUUGCCGACGGCAGGGCGUUCAUGUGGGACGUGGAUCCGCCUCACCUCGAGGCUGGAGGCACACUGGAAGGAGCUUGGAAGGGGUGGACAAAGGAGCGUUUUGAGGUGUUUGAGAGGCUGGUGCCUCGGCCCGAGAUUCUUGUGCUCGGUACCGGCGCGCGCGUCCUCCCUGCCCCCAAGUUUAUCCGCGACUACAUUUCGAGCCUGGGCAUCCAGCUCGACGUUAUGGACACGCGUAACGCUGCUUCCACCUACAACCUCCUCUCAGAGGAAGGCCGUACCAUCAGCGCCGCACUGUGUCCUGAGAAGGCUGUCGACUCGCGUACCGGUCUGCCAAGGGAGUAG